UGAGCUGCCCAGCAGACUGUGGACUGACUGAACCGUAUUCCUCUCCAUCAUGAUACACAUGCCUGCAUUCUAACUAGUGGCCAAGCAAAUGACAUUCAGAACUUCAAGUAAGGUACAGUAAGACUAUGUCAGAGAGCCACAAUGACCUUGCAGGGUAACAGCACAACCUCUCCUUUGUUUCCCAACAUCAGCUCUUCCUGGAUACACAGCCCCUCAGAGGCAGGGCUGCCCCCAGGGACGGUCACUCAUUUCGGCAGCUACAACAUUUCACAGGCAGCUGGGAACUUCUCCUCAAAUGACACCUCCAGUGACCCUCUGGGGGGUCACACCAUCUGGCAAGUGGUCUUCAUCGCCCUCUUAACCGGCUUCCUGGCCUUGGUGACCAUCAUUGGCAACAUCCUGGUCAUUGUGGCAUUUAAGGUCAACAAACAGCUGAAGACCGUCAACAACUACUUCCUCCUAAGCCUGGCCUGUGCAGAUCUGAUCAUCGGGGUCAUUUCGAUGAACUUGUUCACUACCUACAUCAUUAUGAACAGAUGGGCACUGGGGAACUUGGCCUGUGACCUCUGGCUUUCCAUUGACUAUGUGGCCUCCAACGCCUCUGUCAUGAACUUGUUGGUUAUCAGCUUUGACAGAUACUUUUCCAUCACGAGGCCACUCACGUACCGAGCCAAGCGAACAACCAAAAGAGCCGGUGUGAUGAUUGGUCUGGCGUGGGUCAUCUCCUUCAUCCUAUGGGCCCCUGCCAUCUUGUUCUGGCAGUACUUUGUAGGCAAGAGAACUGUGCCCCCCGGAGAAUGCUUCAUUCAGUUCCUCAGCGAGCCCACCAUCACCUUCGGCACAGCAAUCGCUGCUUUUUAUAUGCCCGUCACCAUCAUGACUAUUUUAUACUGGAGGAUCUAUAAGGAAACUGAAAAGCGUAGCAAAGAGUUGGCCGGGCUACAGGCCUCUGGGACAGACGCCGAGGCAGAAAACUUUGUCCACCCCACAGGCAGUUCUCGAAGCUGCAGCAGCUAUGAACUUCAGCAGCAAAGCAUGAAACGCUCAUCCAGGAGGAAGUACGGUCGCUGUCACUUCUGGUUCACAACCAAGAGCUGGAAGCCCAGUGCUGAGCAGGUGGACCAAGACCACAGCAGCAGUGACAGCUGGCACAACAACGAUGCAGCUGCCUCCCUGGAAAAUUCCGCCUCCUCUGAUGAGGAGGACAUUGGCUCAGAGACCAGAGCCAUCUACUCCAUUGUGCUCAAGCUCCCGGGUCACAGCAUCCUCAACUCUACCAAGCUGCCCUCCUCAGACAACCUGCAGGUACCCGACGAGGAGCUGGGGACUGUGGAUGUGGAGAAGAAUGCCAAUAAGCUGCAGGCCCAGAAGAGCUUGAGUGACAGUGACAAUUGUCAAAAGGGCUUCUCCAAGCUUCCCAUCCAGUUAGAGUCCGCCGUGGACACAGUCAAGACUGCCGACACCAACUCCUCAGUGGACAAGAACACGGCCACUCUACCUCUGUCCUGCAAGGAAGCCACGUUGGCCAAGAGGUUUGCCCUGAAAACCAGAAGUCAGAUCACCAAGCGGAAGAGGAUGUCCCUCAUCAAGGAGAAGAAGGCUGCCCAGACCCUCAGUGCCAUCUUGCUAGCCUUCAUCAUCACAUGGACACCCUACAACAUCAUGGUCCUAGUGAACACCUUCUGUGACAGCUGUAUACCCAAAACCUAUUGGAACCUGGGCUACUGGCUGUGCUACAUCAACAGCACCGUGAACCCCGUGUGCUAUGCCCUGUGCAACAAAACUUUCAGAACCACAUUCAAGAUGCUUCUCUUAUGCCAAUGUGACAAGAGGAAGAGACGUAAACAACAGUACCAGGAGAGACAGUCAGUCAUUUUCCACAAGCGAGUCCCAGAGCAGGCCUUGUAGAAAGAGGGUUUAUCAAUAGCAGUGACUACACGCACACAUCAGCCCACACAGCCUAACAGGAGUCAGGUGAGGGUGGGGGGCAUUUCCUAGUGGUGAUAAAAAGGGUUUUAUCACCCAGACGGGAGAGAAGCUGCCUGUUUACUGAUCCAUUAAAUAAACGAGUUUUAAUAUAAAAAAGUCAAAUGCCAGUUCAGAAAA